AUGAGUAGCGUUUUGAAAUAAAUUGCUUCUUUAAAAGGCAUUCAAUUUUAGUCUUAUAAAUAGAACAAAAAAGAUCAAAGGGUCUUCUUUUUAAAUAGUUAGAACGAGGGGCAUGGCUACACGGUACUUGUUGAAGAUUUGGGAGACAUUGACGAUAAUGUUAAUAAUACUACCCUUAAUUAAUUAAAGUAGAAAAUUACCUUUUUGAAAGAUUGUGAUCAUCUUAAUAUAUUAAAGCAUAAAGAGGAUUUCAUAAUUGAUGAUAAAUUUAUCAUUUUAAUGGAGAAAUGUUAAUAUUCUCUUAAAACUCACAUAUAAAGGAAAUAUUUAUAUGUUUAGAUUCAUUUACAGGUUUUUAUAGAUUUCGCUCUUUAACUUUUAAAUGCAGUAGAAUACCUACAUUCUAAAAAUUUGUAUCUCUCAAAUUUCAGCAAUGAAAAUAUCUUUUUAGAUGAGAAUUUCAAUAUCAAAUUGCAUGAUUUUGGACUAAGAAAAUCUAUAAAUACAUUGCAAGCAUAUAAAUUAUUUUAGAUUGGAGCCAAUUAAAAAGGAUUUCACUACUUUGCUCCGGAACAACUGAAUAGCAGUUUAGAAACGUAUGUUUUACAAACAGCUGAGGCUGAUAUAUGGAGUGUAGGAAUAUCAUUGUAUCUAUUAGCAGGAUCUAAUUUAGAUCAUAUAUACUUACUUACAAGAGGAUUAUAAUAAUAUCAAAAGUAGAUGUAAAUAAAUGAAGAAAUGAAUCUGCUUCUUUCAUAGAUGCUGAGCUAAGAUCCUAACAAAAGACCUCAAAUAUCUCAUAUUAAAUAACAAUUUGAAAUCAUAAAAAAAAAUGUAAACUUUAAAUAAAAUUUUUUGAACACAGGUUAUAAAUAGGAAGAAGUAGAGAAAUUUAUUAAAGCACAAGUUAUGUACUAAAAUGACUUAAAUAAAGAAUCACUUUAGUUAUUGGAAGAAUUGGUUGAAAAUAAUUAAAAUAAUGACAUGUAUCUUGCAUGGAAAGCAAGAAAUUUAGCUAGGUUUGAUCGGUAUUAAGAAUCAUAAGAGUUAGCAGAUAAGGCAGUGUCAAUAAACCCUAAAAAUUAUUUUGCAUUCAAUGUUAAAGGAUACAUUUAUUCUAUGACCAACGAAUUGUAAUUAGCUGAAGAAUGUCUUAAAACCACUAUUUCUUUGAAUCCAUAAUUCAUAACAGCUGUAUAAAAUAUAUGUAAUAACUAUGAAGAGAAUGGUAAGAUAUCUGAAUCAUUAGAGAUGUAUGAAUAAUCCAAUCUUCAUAACCCAAAUAAUAUGUAAAUCCUUAUUAAUCUUAGUAGAAUAUAUUUAAACAACUUAAAAUAUGAAAAUUCAAUGAAAUAUUUAUAGUAAAACAUAAAAAUGUACCCAUACAAUUAUUAUUCAUUGUACUACUUAGGUUUAAUUUGCAAAGCAACCAAGUUUUACAAUAAAUCUCAAUUAUGUUAUAAAAAAAUCAUAUAAAAUGACUUAUUUACAGUAGAAGAGAGUUUAGUUUCAAUUUUAAGCUAAUUAGGAAGUAUUUAAUUUGAUAAAAAAUAAUUUGAAAAAUCUCUUAAGAGCUAUAAAAAGUGUUAAAGACUAGAACCAGAUGAAAACGCUUAUGUAUUUAAUGUUAGUCUCAUGAAAAAGUUAAUUUGA